CUUAAAGCUUAAGCAGAUAGAGGGGGAUGUAAUAUACAUAUUAUUAUGUGGGUUACAAAAGCCAUUAACUAGUACUUUAAAACCUCAGCCGUUGUCCCAAACCUACUCUCAGUGGAAACUUAUCUUUUCACCCUCUCUUUCUAGUUUCUCCCCCACUAAAUCCCACCUCCUAUUUCCACUGAGACGUUUGAACAAUGCUGAUCUCCCCAUAUCUAUGUUCCGUUCUCCUGUGCAUAUUGUUCUCUCUAAUUGGCAUAAAUGGGACUCAACUCAUUCUAGUAAACAACUGCCAGGAAAGCCUAUGGCCAGGAUUACUCGGCGGUGCAGGCCACCCAACCCCUAAAGAUGGUGGUUUCCUCCUGAGCAGUGGCCAGGAAACUGUCAUUGACAUGCCUGAUAAGUGGUCAGGGAGGAUUUGGGCCAGGCAAGGUUGUAACUUCGACGAAAAUGGAAUAGGCAAUUGUGACACUGGAGACUGUUCCAGCCAACUCCACUGCCGGGGCAUGGGCGGUGCACCACCUGCUACGGUGGUGGAAAUGACAUUGGGGUCAUCAACUUCUCCCCUACAUUUCUAUGAUGUGAGUUUGGUAGAUGGCUUUAACUUGCCAGUCUCAAUGAAGCCCGUUGGGGGAGGCAUUGGUUGCGGCAUGGCAUCAUGUGAAGUUGAUUUGAACAUAUGUUGCCCAUCUGCUCUGGAAGUUAAGGUAGGAGAGAGGGUUGUGGGGUGUAAGAGUGCAUGUUUAGCUAUGCAAUCAGCUAAGUAUUGCUGCACAGGGGAGUAUGCAAACCCGAAAACCUGUAAGCCAACACUUUUUGCUAAUCUGUUUAAGGCAAUUUGCCCAAAGGCUUACAGUUAUGCUUUUGAUGACUCUUCAAGCCUCAACAAAUGCAGGGCUUCGCGGUAUGUAAUUAUUUUUUGUCCUCCCAAAUGAGGGGUGGCAUCAAGAAAUAAAGGGUCUUAAUGAUGUUUGUGAUAUAGUUACCAGUAAUGUGCACUUGGGUUUGUAGAUAGGUUGUUUAAGUACUUGUUUUAGUAUUUGUGAG